AUCGCGCUUACAUCGAUUUUCGUGCCAGCUCUAGUUUUUUUGGCGUGUAGCUGUAGCAGAAAGCAAAAGGAAGCCGCUUGUGGAAAAUUUCAGCCAUUGGCGAGGAUCAAGCCCCGAGAAAAUCAGCACGCCCGGCAUUCGACGCACCGCAAAAAAAACCUCUUUUACUACUCAGCAGCAGCAGCGACGAGAAACGACGAAAAAAAAAACAACAUGUCUGACGAAAAGAAAGGCGGCGAAACUGAACACAUCAACCUGAAGGUGCUCGGCCAGGAUAACGCCGUGGUCCAGUUCAAAAUCAAGAAGCACACACCCUUGCGGAAGCUGAUGAACGCCUACUGCGACCGGGCCGGACUCUCCAUGCAGGUGGUGCGCUUCCGCUUCGACGGACAGCCCAUCAACGAGAACGACACCCCGACCUCGCUGGAGAUGGAGGAGGGCGACACCAUCGAGGUUUACCAACAGCAGACCGGCGGCGCUCUUUAAAAUUACUUAGAUAAGCUAGUUACUCCACCCUUUAUAACUAACAAAACAAAAAACACACAAAAAGAAUCAACAACAAUACACAAUAUAAAGAUGAAACCAACAAGAAAACAAAAACCAGGCAGUAAGCAUCAAUUGAAACAAGAGUGCGUUUAGUACAACUGUAGAUUUUGUCUGUGUGCGAGACGACCACAAAGAAGAACUAUUGCAGACAAGAAAAUGGUAAAUAAAGCA